AUGUCACCGGGUAGCCCUUCUGAUGAUAGACAAAAAAUCAAAAAGAAAAAUUAUAAGCAACUUGGAGUAAAAGAUAAUGAUGAUAUUAGAUUGAAUUCAAGAGAAAGUAGUAUCAAUAGCUCAGAAACAUCAAUAGCUCGAUCAUCAUAUGAGAUCAUAUUGGAUGAUGUUGACUUGAAUUGGAGUUUUUUAAUUAUUAUCGGUGCAAUAUUUUUUAUUUGUCUGAUAUGGUUCACAUUGUAUCACACAAGUUUAAUAUUAUCAAAUCAAACAACUAUUGAAAGUUUACAAAAACAUAAUUAUAAAAUUAGAGAGAAUACCGAAGUUACUACAAGUAAAUUUUUAAAUUUAUUUGAUAUCGGGAGAAGUGCGUGA